AUGACAAUGAAUACAAAUCUUAUGGAGGCAGUCAGUCGGAAUGACACACAAGCAUUCAAAAACUUGGUUCAGAAAAACAAAGCAAUUCUUGAUCAACUGGAAGCAAAGUCCAAGAACACUGUCCUACACCUCGCUUCUAAGUUAGGACAUGAGGAAAUGACGGCCUACAUCAUCAAUUUGAGGCCUGACAUGGUGGCUGCCCAGAAUAAGGACAUGGAGACUUCAUUCCAUGAAGCUUCCCGCAAAGGGAAUACAAAAAUCUUGAAGUUGCUACUAGAGGUGGCCAACCCUGAGGCUGCCCGAAAGCUCAAUUCUCAUAACGAGACAGCUCUGUUCUUGGCUUGCAGUUCAGGUCAUGUUGAAUCAGUGAGUCUGCUAUUGGCUCAACCCGGGUUAAUUUGUCUAGGGGAAGACGGAUAUGAUCUAAAAUGUAUUCAUGCCGCAGCCUCAGCUGGAUACACAGAUGUUGUAAUGGAGCUGAUAAGCAAGAACAGUGAGUUUGCUCAAACGAUGGAUGAGAGGGGAAAUAUGAUACUGCAUUGGGCAUCAGAAAAAGGGCACAAGGAAAUCACCGGUAUGCUUCUGAAGCUUGAUCCAAAGCUAGCUCUGAAGUACAACAAGGACGGUUUCACUCCCCUUCACUUGGCAACAAUCAACUAUAAAGUCUUAGUCCUCCAAGGAUAUGUUAACAAGGCGGCUGUUUCUUUUCAGUGUCUGACAACAGAGGGAGAUACUGUGUUUCAUUUAGCUGUGAAACAUGGCCGAAUUGACGCUUUAAUGUACUUAAUCAGUGUCUGCAAUAGGAUGAGCUUGUUUAACUGCCAAGAUAGGUUUGGCAACAACAUUUUACAUCUUGCGGUCUUAGGAGGACAUCAUAAGAUGGCAGAGUACAUAAUAAAAAGAGCAAAAGUAGACAUAAAUUGUGUGAACAGUAUGGGACUUACAGCACUCGACAUCCUUGACCAGGCUAAAGAUAGCGUCGAAAAUCAACGUCUCGAAGCCUUGUUCCUUAAAGAAAGAGCCAAAAGAAGCACAGAAUUGUUAUGUUUUCUACCAAAAUUACCAAAAACCAGCUCUAGGCCUGUUCCACUCGAUAUCAUACCACAAAGAAUCCUUAAGGAACACGAAAUGCAAGUCUUUGAUACAUGUUCGCCCUCAUCAAGCAAAACCCCAUCAAGUUCUAUGUCAUCUCCUCUCUCGAGAUCUUCUUGUGUGUCUUCACCCCAGUCCAGAAAAUCCUCCCCGAGACUUCCUGCCGAAAAGGGUCCUGAGGGAUUAUCACCAUUAGGACAUGAUGGCCAAAUUCUCUGCAAAAGGCACGAAGAAAUUCUCUCUGGAAUAAUGGCCAAGCGUCGAAACAAGCAGCAACGUCGUAAAGUCUACGCAGAGGCGUUACAGAACGCUAGGAACACCAUCAUCUUAGUGGCUAUUCUGAUCGCCACGGUCACUUAUACCGCCGGAAUAAGUCCUCCUGGCGGCGUGCACCAGGACGGUGAGAUGAAAGGAAAGUCAACGGUGGGGAAAUCGACAGCUUUCAAGGUGUUUGCAGUAAGCAACGACUUGGCUCUGUUCACAUCAUUGGCCAUCGUUGUGGUUUUAGUGAGUAUCAUACCGUAUCGGAGAAAGGCCCAGAUGAGAUUGUUGUCUGUUGCUCACAAGGUGAUGUGGGCAGCCGUGGCUUUCAUGGCUAUUAGCUAUGUUGCGGCCAUGUGGGUGAUCUCGCCGACAGGCAAGAAGGCAGAGUUGGUGUCUGUGGUGGCUCUGGUGGUCAGCGGAGGAACCAUGGGAACGGUUUUUAUUGCACUUGGGAAGAAGCUCGUUGACCAUUGGUUGACCAAGAAUCGGUGGAGAUCAAUGAGAAGGGAUGCAAUUGGGGAUAAUGAUGAUCUUGAAAUGGGAAGUGAAAACUCUGAUGUUGAGAGCUCUUUCCAGAAGGGAUAUCACUCCUAUUGAUUUUUAUUUUUCUUUUGUUUUUGUUAGACAGAAAAGUCAAAUUUAUAGGUCGUUGUUUUAAAGUUUCUGUAGGAGUAUUAUAUAGGAUAUACUAGCUGUUGUACACAUGCUCUCCUUUCUGUUUUCUCUUUCAUGGUAAGGUGACCUUUGUAAGUUGUUGUAUUCAUUUCCUUUCAUGGUAAAAAAUUUGUACACUACUUGUCCAUAAGUGUUUGUUAUAGUUAUAUUGGGAACUGAGUUCUGUCUCUUAUUU